UUUUUUAUUGAAUAUAGAAUAGAAUUGUAGUACUAUUUGCAUAUUUAUUGAAAAGUGAAUUUAAUAAGAAUUUUGUGAAAAAUCCCAAUUGGUUUGCGUUGUGAUUUUUAUUAUUUUAACCAAAUAGCGCCAAAGACAUGAAGUAAAGUGUUUUAAUUAAAUGUAAAUAGCUCAAAUAUUAUUUUGGGUUCUAUACUCAAGGCCCAUACUAACAACGCACUAACAGCUGCGCCUAGCAUACGCUUCUGUUUAAGCUCACGAGUUAAAAAAAAUAAAUAUUAUUUUGUGUAAGUUGAGACGACAUGCUAAAAUCUCCUUCCAAUGCCCAGGAAAUACGCUUACCACGACCAGAGCAUAGUCGAGCCCAGUCGCCCGCCACCAUGGACGCACUGAAGACAUCAUUUUUGCCGAAUCUGAGCAUGGAUCCCGCCAUUGUAGCCACCUCCCACUUCUGUCCAAUGUGUGGCCAACAAUUCGAAGGACCACAGCAGGCCACUGAACACAUGCAUCUCUGUCAUGGUGGCCUCAGUGUGGUAGCCGGUGUGGGUGGUGGUAGCAUAUUAUUGGCGCCACAUCAUGUUGCUACCAGCGUGUCCGAUUCAAUGAAAAUUGAUUUUCCCUGCCACAGUUGUGAUGACAAAUUCUCUUCGGAGCAGGAUCUGGACGAUCACCAUCGACUGGUGCAUCAGGCGCCAGCUUUUUUGGCCCGUUGUCCUGCUUGCAGCUUUUAUGGCAUCUCUGCUGCAGCCUUGCAGGAAGCCAACGAAUACAAGUGUCUACAUUGUGGUUCAGUGUGUACAGCCUCCGCUUUAGCAGCUAGUCAACCAGGCUAUGAGCCUCAAACACCCGAUAAUAUGCCAUCGAUGGCGCCGCAAGAUAUGAAAUUGCCAAAUCACGACUUGAUCCAGCGGCAAUAUCAACAGCAGGUGGCCCUGGCUCAACAACAGCAACAACAACAGCAGCAGCAACAACAACAACAGCAGCAACAACAUCAGCAGCAAACCCACCAUCAGGAUGACAGACAUGAAGAUGUCGAAUUGAAAGUACCGCCUCUAACAGUUAAACUGAAUAAAAGUGUGAAUGGUACUGCAACUGUGAUGCACCCGCAUGUGAUAAUCAAAACAGAACCGACCAAUGGGGAUGGCAUCGAAGGUUCGCCCACCUCGGUGCCCGUCUACACCAUCCAGCAAACAUCGGCUGCUGCGACUAGCGUAGUUGUUAGUGCAGCCCAUGCCGCUGCUGCCGUCCUAUCAAACAGUGGCGUUAUUAACAAUACCAACUCGACCACUACAACCGCAUUGGUGGGUGGAGUGAAUAAAGUACGUCACAAGUGUCCCGAUUGCCCGAAGACCUUUAAAACACCCGGCACCUUGGCUAUGCACCGUAAGGUGCAUACCGGAGAAGCAGACCUUACGCCGAAAGAACGCCCCUACACAUGCUCAUAUUGCGGCAAGUCUUUUACACAAUCGAACACAUUAAAGCAGCACACGCGCAUACACACAGGUGAGAAACCCUUUAGAUGUGGCUAUUGUGGCAGGGCGUUCACAGUCAAGGACUACUUGAACAAACAUUUAACAACUCACACGGGUGAGAAACCUUUUCAAUGCACCUACUGCGAAAAGGCGUUUAGUGUUAAAGAUUAUUUAACCAAACAUAUACGCACACACACCGGUGAAAAGCCCUACACAUGUCCCUACUGUGAAAAACGAUUUACGCAACGCAGUGCUCUAACCGUACACACCACCAAACUGCAUCCCCUCUAGGAAAGGCCUAAUGGCACAGAUCGUAGAGCUGCUGCUGGUGGCGGUGGAGGCAGUGGUGGAGUAGUAGGAGGAGGCGUGUCAGUGGUAGGCGUUGUUAGUAAUAUAAUUGGAGUAGCAGCAAUUGGUGGGCAAAUGACAGCAGAUGACGACGACGAUGAUGAUGAUGUUAAUGAUGACGAUAGACGACAAGAACGACAAUUAAUAAUGGCCAAUCAGACAAUGGAUAGUGAAACGCAAACAACUUUAUAAAACUAAAAUUAAAAAAAAAAAUAAUGAGAAGAAAGAUGGGAACAAAUUGUAAAAAUGAAAAUAUAAGAGUAAGAAUUCGGUCUUGGUUGGACAGAUGAUAUAGUGUAAUAUUUUUUAAAGUUUGACAGUGACGAAGGGAGCAGUCUGAGAGGAAAGAAAAAAAAGUAAAGUAAACAAAAAGAGAGUAGUUUUAAAUAUCUUUAAUCGCUUUUUUGUUAAUUAGUCGAAGUUAAUUAAGAUCGUAAAUCCCCUUCGUUAACUCUAAAUCAAUGAAAAACAAAACAAAAGAAAAAAGCAAAAAAAAACUACAACAAUCAUAAGGGUUUUCCUUUUUAAUUUUUUAUAUAUAAAAUAAGGGACUCCCUUAAUAAUUUAGACUUCACUCGUAUAUGAUAAGCAUUAUUUAAUGAAAAAAACAAACAAACAAAAAACGUUUAUUACAAUAUAUUUUUCUCUUGAUCUAGCUAAAAAAAAACAAACAAAACAAAAACAACAAAAUAAUUUAUGAUAUUUUUUCUAACUCAAAGUUAUAAUUAAUAAUUAUGUAUUGUAUGUAAAGUACUUUAUUAUUUUAUUACCUUAAACUAAUUCUGAGCUCACCCCCACUUAUUUGCAACAUUGUGAUGCAAAUAUAUCAUAUAUUUAGAGAAAUAAUACAAAGUGUUGAUUAUUAGAGUUUAAGUUGUUGAAAAUGUUUAUUUAGAUUUUAGUUAUAAAUGAAGAUAUGAUGAAAGUAAGAAAGAAAAAACAUUAAUUGCGAUUAUUUAUACAAAAAUUUAGUUGAAUUUAAUUUUAGUUUGUUUUUAAUUGUUCAAAAUUUUAUAAUAUAUUGAUAUUAUAUUACAUGUUUGUUUGAUCACAAUGUUCUCAGAUAUAAUUUGUUUAAGGCUCACUUUAAUUGAAACUUUUCAUUUUAUAAAUUCUUUUGUAAUUUAUUUUUUCUGUUUUCUAUUUUAUUUUUCUUUGUAUAAUUUUUGUUUAAAUUUAGUAAUUGUUAAAGAUAUUAAGCACCUAUUAUGACUUUUUGUUUUAUUUUUGUAACUGUAAAUUAAUUAUUUUAUAAAAAUAUGUUGUUUACUACUUUUAAUUUUAAUACAUUUUAAUUUUAUUUUUGUUUUCUUUUUAAUUUUUAUAAAAUUCUUUUUUGUUUUUUUUUUCUCUUAAUUAAAUAUUUAAUUUUUAAAAUAAUAAUGAAACGAAAAAAUGAUUUUUGGAAAAAAAGAACAAUAGCAAAAACCCUAAAAAUGUUUUUGUAUAUUUUCGAAAAAAAAGUGAAAAAAAAGAAAAGAAAUUGCUUUAUUUUUUAUUAUUCUAUAUAUGAAAAGUGUUAAGUCUCAACAGAGCAGGAUCUCGGUUGGUUUUUUACAACAACAACUUAUUUUAUUAUUAUUACAUUUAUAUAUUAAAAAAACGAAACGAUAAUUCUUGGUUUAAAAAAAGCUUUUUUUAAUUAUUAUUAUUAUCAUUAAAAUGUUCUUGUAAUUAUUUAUUUUUUAUUUCUAUUACUAUUAUUUCUUUUUGUUUAUAAUCUUACCAUACUACUAAAAACAAAUUAUAUUGCUUUUUCUAUCUAAACAAAAUCUUUUUAAAUAUUUAUUAACUAAAAAAGCAUGUCUAAAAUUUACCUUUUUUUUAAAAAAAAAAACAUUUAAUUUUUAUUUUCUUUUAAGUUGUUGAUAAAUUUUAUUUAAGUCUCAAAACUGAAACCAGAAAAUUUAUAUUAAUUGAUUAAUUAAUUGCAUUUUUUUAUAAAUCUUUUUAAAUUAUAAGUAAUUGUUUUAUAAUUUAUUUUUUAAAAAUCUUAUUUUUUAAUUCAAUAAAAUAAAAAAACAACUUAACAGCUUUAUAACGCAAUUUGAAAAAAAACAAAACCAACAAUAAAUACACAC